AUGGCUCCAGUCACUAUUCACCUUGUCAUCCUGAACGACGAGAAGAGCUUUCUCGCUGCUCUUAAGAAUCUGUCGAAAGACCAAAGACCAAUCUACGUUGGCAAGGCUCACCACUGGACCGUCCAACCAGAGGACCUCUCUGUCAAGGCCUUGCUUGGUGACGAUUCCAGAAUGAUCAAAUGGGAGUACGCCAUCCUCGACCAUAUAGUCAACUCAGAUGAUGCUCUGGCUCUCCCGGCCGGGCUGGCAGAGCAUAUCAAGCACAAAUGGUCCAUAAGCGCCCACGUGCCUCCCGGCAUGCUCGAACACUACCUCUCAGGCGCAGCUGAACGUGCCAACCCCACCGGCCCUACCCUCCCAACAGGCUGGAGCUCAAUCGACCACAGCGGUCUCGACGCCUCCAUCCCACCUCCCGACCUCGUGGACUCGCUAGCACUAAAAUCCCACGCCUUCGGCUCCGACCGCAAGAAAGACCCACCCGUCGUACUGAAAGACUUCAUCCGCACAUUCGGCACCAAACAUACCGGCCCCAUCCAAAUGCUCAACCUCGACUCCUGUCUCCCAGGCCAGCGUCCCCGGUUCUACGACUACAUCACCGCGUUCCAAACCUCCCUCGGCGCACGCUACGGCGGCGCUGGUCUUCCACUUCAAAACGUUACGGACUGGUCUAGUCGCGCGACGGAGGGGGAGAUGACUAUUGCUGAGGCGGAGAGGAGUGUUAUGGGGUAUGGGAGUGCAGAGGGAGAGAAGGUGGGGUGGGAGGAUACUGCUUUGGUGUGGUAUCCUUCUAUUUGGCAUUUUGGGAAGUUGCUUGAUGAUCCGGAGUAUGCAGAGGCGGAUAGGAAGUUUAAGAGGGGCGUUCUUAGAGAUGGGCCGAUUAUGUGCUGUACUGAGAUUGUGGUGGGCUAUGCGGAUUGA